UAAGAUGCUUCCCCAGAGGACCGGACUGUCCCUUCAGUCUCCGCUCAGACCCCUCAGAGUUUUGGUUUUCCAUCUUCUGCUAACACACUCUUGUAGAGGUCAGUCUCAGUUGAUUGGUCGACUUCAGCCAAUAGUAGCAUUAGUUGGCAAUGACAUCAUUUUGCCAUGCCAUCUGGAACCUGCAGUGGAUGUUGCUGCCAUGACGUUGGAGUGGACGAGAUCCGACCUGAACUCUAUAUUUGUCUUUAUAUGGCGUGAUGGUCAGAACAUUAUACAUGUUAAAGAUCCAUCCUACACAGGAAGAACAUCACUGUUCACUGAUGGACUGAAGAACGGAAACAUUUCACUGAAACUCUCCAAAGUGAAACUUUCUGAUGAGGGGAGAUACCAAUGCUACGUUCCAGACCUGAGUAAAGGAUCUUUCGUUGAGCUUGUUGUUGGUUCUGCUUCCUACCCGGUCAUCACUUUAGCAGGGAUCGAUGAAGCCACCGGAGGAGUGAUGUUAGACUGCAGGUCUGAAGGCUGGUAUCCAGAGCCUGAGGUGUUGUGGCUGGACGGUGAGGGAAACCUCCUCUCUGCUGGACCUCCAGAGACAGUCAGAGGUCCUGAUGACCUCUAUACUGUCAGCAGCAGAGUGACUGUGGAGAAGAGACACAGCAACAGCUUCACCUGUAGAGUCCAACAGAAGAACACCAACCAGACCAGAGAGGCACACUUCCCUAUUUCAAAUGAUUUCUUUAACGUCCAGUCCAGUUCUUCUCCCGUCAUCAUUGGUUUAGCUGUUAGUUUGGCUGUUUGGAUCAUCAUGUUUAUUCUGUUGCUUCUCUUCGUUGUGUGGAAAUGGAGAAAAAACAGAAUCAAGACAAAGAGAAGUCACUCGGAUAAAACUGAAAAAGGAGAAAAGAAGAACGGUUCUGAAACUAAUAAAAGUGAAGAUCAGUGUGUCACUGAAGAAAGAGAGAGAGAGCAGCUCAUGACACAUGAAACGGUGGAAAUGGAGGUUCUGAAGGGAAACGUGCAGAAGAAGAGCAAACUUUUUCAGAAGAAGAGAUCUGAGCAGCAGCUCCAGGAGGAGCAGCAGAAGGAGGUUCAGACCCUGAAAGAGGAGCUGCAGACCAAGAAGAACGAGAGAGAAACUAAAGGAGCUGAGCUGCAGCAGCUCCAUGAAGAGAAGAAGAGGAACGACAACGAGCUGCAGAGCCUGAAGGAAGAGCUGGAGAACAAGAACCAAGAGCUGGAGAGAAUUAUAAACACCCCUAGCAGCUUUUCCAUUUUCUUUCGGGGAAUCCCCAAGGAAGAACAGCAGAAGAAGGAAGAAGUUGAGACACUGAAGAUGAAGUUGGAGAACCAACAGAAGGAAUCAGACACCAACAUUCAGGAGUUUAAAGAAAAAGAAGCUGAAGUCCAGCAGCUCCAGGAUCAGAUUCAGAGGAUGGAGACCAACCUGCAGACCCUGAUGGAGUCCAACAACAUGGAGUUGGAAAGAAGCCGAGUCGCUCCAGUCCGUUCUUCCUCCUCUGGGUUUAAGUGGCAGACAGUUUCCAGACAGAAGUUCCAGGAUGAGCAGCAGAGGAGACACGAAGCUGAGAACAGAGUUCAGAUCCUGGAGGAGGAGCUGCAGACUAAGAACAGGGAGCUCCAGGAUGAACAGCACAGGAGACACCAAGCUGAGCCAGUAGUUCAGAUGAAGGGAAAUGAGCUGCAGGACAACACUUCCAUGCUGAAGGGAAACCAGGCUGAUAUCCACAGUCAGCUCCUAGAGGAGACACAGAGAAGGCAGGACGCUCAGAGGGAAGUGGAGAAACUGAAGAAUGAGUUGGAGUCAAAGAAAAAAGAGCUGGAGGACAAACCACAAGCAGCUGAAGCACAGAUGAAGAAGACUAAUGAAGAGAUGAAGCAUGAACUGAAGAUGAAGGAUGAAAGCAUCAGCCAGCUGAUGAGAGAGCUCUGUGAUGAGCAGCAGAAGAAAGAGGAAGCUGAGAGAGAUCUGAUGCAGCUGAUGACCAAGAACACUGAGCUGGAGGACAAACAACAAGCAGCUGAAGCACAGAUGAAGAAGACUAAUGAAGAGAUGAAGCAUCAACUGAAGAUGAAGGAUGAAAGCAUCAGCCAGCUGAUGAGAGAGCUCUGUGAUGAGAAGCAGGAGAAAGAGGAAGCUGAGAGAGAACUGAAGCAGCUGAUGACCAAGAACACUGAGCUGGAGGACAAACAACAAGCAGCUGAAGCACAGAUGAAGAAGACGAAUGAAGAGUGGAAGAAGACUAAUGAAGAGCUGAAGGAGACAAAACAUCAACUGAAGAUCAAGAAGGAAGAGAUCAGCCAGCUGAAGGGAGAGCUCUGUGAUGAGCAGCAGAGACGUGAUGGAGAACUGAAGGAGCUGACGACCAAGUGGCAGAAGUUGUUCCAGGAGGAGAUGACCAAAAGAGAGGAAGCUGAGAAAGAAGUGGAGAACCUAAAGAAAGAGAUGGAGACCAAGAUUGAGAAGCAGCUCCAGGAGGAGAAGACCAAAAGGAAGGAAGCUGAGAAAGAAGUGGAGAACCUAAAGAAAGAGAUGGAGGACAAGAGCAGCUCAGCCGGUCAGAGCUCAAACACAGAACUUCCCAUUGUCGUUGAGGUCAACCAACAGGACAAUUAUAUCCGUCUCAUAAAGACGUCCGAUCAGGACCAACCACUGGUAGGCUGGACGUUAGAAAUGAAGGUCAACGAAAAAAUCAUCACACACACAUUUAAGAAAUCAUUCAAACUCAAGUCUAGAGGCACCUUCACUCUGUAUGGCCCAGGUUGUGAUCAGCAGUAUGACCUGUGGUGGAAGGACUUGACACCCUGGAGCUCUGGAGACCAACUAAAGUUCACCCUCAUCAGCGACACUGGCGUCCGACAUCAACUGAGUUUAAAUACUAACUGAGUGGUUAUUAAUUAGCCAGCUGUCAUACUCGUUUUCUUUUUUUAGCUUAUCUUAUCUAUUUGCUCCAUGAGAAAGGGGAGGAAAAGUUACCAUCAGUAACACCAGAAUGCAUUCUGAAUGGUUAAUAGUGAUGUAAACAUUAAACAUCAGGAACAGCAGGACUUGGCUCUUCCUGUAAUAACACAUGUUGUAAUGAUCAGUAAACACUGGAGAACAUCUGUUUGAUUUGAUCAGAUCAAACUUUAUUAUGUUUCUUCAUUGAUAUUCUUGGAGAUGUAUUCCAUUUUUCUUUUCCUCUCAUUAUGUUAUUGCUCCUAUUUUUCAUGUCGGCAGUGUCUUGUUAACCCUCGUGGGCUGGGCACCUUUUAGUGGAUGCUGCUUUGAACAAAUAAAUGUACUCACUCUUCAUCUGGUAAAUUCAACAAUUCAAAACAUGUUUUGUUUGAAAUUUGGUGGAAUUUUGCAUUUGUUUUAUUGCUUCUGUUUAUAUAUAUUUUACUGAAAAACAAAUCUUUAUUGUUGAGGGAAAACAUUCUGAAAUCUCAGAUAUUGAAAUGCUAUAAAAACAAAGGAUUAAAUAAAUUAAUCUCAAAAUUAAAACAUGAGCUAUGCAACUCAGAAACUUUUAUUUUGUAUGUUUACUGGAUUGAAUAUUUAUAUUCGAUCUUUGUUAUUCUAUGUGUUGUAAUAUUUGUAAUUCAAUUUAUUCUGUCAAUACUCUUUUUUUGUAAUGCAAAGAUAAAAAAAUUAAUACAUAUUUGA